CAUUAACCACUAUAAAAACAAAACAAGAGAGUCCAGAAAUUGUUGCAGAACCAAAAAUGGAGAAAGAAGGAGAGAAAGCCUACAGAGCUCACUGUAUAGUAAUACCUUAUCCAAGCCAAGGCCACAUAAACCCCAUGUUUCAAUUCUCCAAACGCAUACAACACAAAGGAGUUAAAGUCACUUUUGUUAAUACUCGCUUUAUUUCCAAAACCAUCACCCACACACCAUCAUCCACCACUUCCAUCGCUCUCGAAACCAUAUCAGACGGCUACGAUGAAGGUGGCAUAGGUCAAGCAGAGAGCAUCCAGGUCUACCUGGAUACAUUCAAGAAGGUGGGUUCUCAAACGCUUUCAAAUCUUGUUGAGAAGCUAAAUGCCUCUGGCUUUCCUGUAAAUUGCAUUGUUUAUGAUGCUUUUAUGCCUUGGUGUCUGGAAGUUGCCAAGAAAUUUGAGUUGCUUUCUGCUGUUUUUUUCACACAAUCUUGUGCUGUUAAUAUCAUAUAUUAUAAUGUUUUUCGAGGGCUGAUCAAACCUCCUCUUAAGGAGAAUGAUAUCUUCUUAUUAGCUCCUGGAUUGCCUCCUCUUGAAGUUCAAGAUCUGCCAUCUUUCGUUCAUCACUAUGGAUCUUAUCCUGCAGCCUUUGACAUGCUUGUAAAUCAAUUCUGCAAUAUUGAUGAAGCUGAUUGGGUUCUCUGCAACACGUUUUAUGAGUUGGAACCAGAGGCGGGAGAUUGGCUGGCGAAGCUCUGGCCAUUGAAGACAAUUGGACCAACUAUACCAUCCAUGUAUUUAGACAAGCAAUUCCAAGAUGACAAAGACUAUGGUUUCAGUAUCUUUAAACCAAACAAUGAAGCCUGCAUGAACUGGCUCAAUCAUAAGCCGAAAAGGUCAGUUGUGUAUGUGUCUUUCGGGAGCCUGGCGGCUCUAGGAGCUGAGCAAAUGGAAGAGCUGUGUUGGGGUUUAAAAGCGAGCAAUUGUUAUUUCUUGUGGGUAGUAAGAGCAUCUGAAGAAGCUAAAAUCCCAGAAAACUUUGUAGAGGAAACUUCAGAGAAGGGCUUGGUGGUGAAAUGGUGUCUACAGCUAGAGGUCUUAGCAAAUGAAGCAGUGGGAUGCUUUCUCACACACUGUGGUUGGAACUCAACGUUGGAAGCUUUGAGUCUGGGCGUGCCAAUGGUGGCAAUGCCACAAUGGACAGAUCAAAGCACCAACGCCAAGCAUAUUAUGGAUGUUUGGAAGGUGGGAAUUAGAGUUCCAAUGGGCGAGAAAGGGAUUGUUGAACGAGAUGCCAUAAGAGAUUACGUAAGAGAAGUAAUUGAGGGAGACAGAAGGAAAGAGAUCCAAGAAAAUGCAGAGAAAUGGAGAAAACUAGCCAAAGCAGCAGCCGAUGAAGGUGGAAGUUCCGACAAGAACAUCAAUGAGCUUGUCGGAAAGUUGUUUGGCGAUCCUAAUAAUGAUAGUUUUUAAUCUAUCUCCUUGUACCAAUUGAUUUAGCUCAUAAUAUUAAUGUCAAAAGCUUCCAUAAACAAUAAUCAUAAUAUAAUAUGAUUGAUUGAAAAGAUAUUAUACGAUAGAUUUUUAUUA